AUGACACGUUACACCGCCCUUCCUCUCCUCCUCCUCCUCCUCCUCCUCUCCGCCGCCCCCGAUCACUCCUCCGCCGCAGUCUCCGACUCGCUGAAAGACGCUUGCGCCAAAUUUGUCUACCCUGACUUGUGCCUCAAGGCGCUUGGAGACGACCCCCGCAGCGCGACCGCCGACUUCCACGGCCUCGCCCUCAUCUCCCUCGACCUUUCCGUGGCCAGCGCCAACGCUAUCAGCUCCAGUUACGCCCAGCAACGCCGUGAACCGUCCCUCGACGCCGCCGCCAAGAACUCGCUGGACGGCUGCCUGCUCCUCUACCAGAACAAUUUCCCUCUGCUGGAUUACGCCCGCAAGUUUCUGGAGGGCGGCCAACCGGGGGUUGGGAGAGAAUUAUUGGAUCAGGCGAUGUGGGUGCCUGUAGAAUGCGACGGAGGGAUCAAGGACGGAGGCAAAGCUAACUUGGCAGACCUCAUUCUCCUCGCACGGAGGUUCAUGGAGCUUCUCGAUCCCCAGUAG